AUGGAGUUCGUCCGCAUGAUGAGGAAACAUAACGAAAUGAUCGAAGAGGAGAAUCAGAACCUUCAGUUCAAGCUGCGGCAGCUGCAUCUCGAGCCAAUGGACGAAAACGUGAUGGAAGCUCAUCCGGGAGUGUAUGAUCCUCAUCAUCAUCAUGGGCUUGCUGAUUAUGAAGCCCACCAACAAAUGCCUUUCGCCUUUCGGGUCCAGCCCAUGCAGCCCAAUCUACAGGAGCGCUUCUAG